GCAUGGCUCAGGAUCUCAACAAAAUUUGGUAUCUCGGAUGGAUUGCUAACAAUCUCACACACAGUCCCUGUGGAGGAUGAGAAUCUGGCUGACCUGAUCAAGGCGUACCUAUCUCCUGAGACUGACCCCUCUGUUUUGCUCGACUAUUUGAGCACCUGGCAGAAUACAUGCAAGGAGAUUCACGAUCAUUGCAACAAUCGCUUGAUCGAAGACCCCAAGAACGUCCGGUUCAAGUUCAAGGCCCCCUUCAGACUGGUUGACAUCAUUGACGAGAAGAUUGAAGACAACGCUGAAGAGACGCUAGAGUAUGUUGCUCUGAGCUACACAUGGGGUGACAUCACUCCAGAUGGCAAGAAGCUUCAAAAGCCCACUCUUCAGAGCAACAUCGACAGCCGCAAGCACACCCAAGGGUUGGCAGCCGUCCUCGGCUCAGAGACACUGCCUGCCGUGUACAGGGACACCGUCCAAAUCGCCCGCCGGCUCGGGUACCGCUACAUCUGGGUCGAUGCUUGGUGCAACAUCCAAGACAACACCCUCGACCUCGAAGCCCAAAUCGCCAACAUGGGGUACAUCUUCCAAAACGCCGACCUCACGAUCGGCGCCGGCACCGGACGAGCAAAGACUUCUUCCUUGUUCUCUCAUCAGCAACCCCCACCCCAACCCUUCCUUAUCCGCACCACCAUCGACGGGCAACCACACCCGGUGAUCAUCUCCCGCCAACUCGACCCAACCCCCUCCAUCCUCGACACCCGCCUCUGGACCUUCCAAGAACAACUCCUCUCCCGCCGCACAGUAGAAUUCGGCCCAACCCACACCACCUGGCGGUGCACCCAAGAAACCGCCUCCUCCCUCCCCGUCUCCGUGUCCUCCCAGCCUUACCCAUCAACCUCCGACCACAACGACACCCACGAAGUCACCACCUCCACCACCAACCUCCACUCCUGGAUCCGCACCACCGCCUCCCUCCCUCCUGGGCCCCGCCCAAAGUAUGAUCAACAAUUCGCCUCAGCCUGGUACUCCGCCGUGCGCAACUACACCACCCGCAGCUUCUCCAACCGAGAAGACCAGCUCCCCGCCAUAAUCGGGGUCGCCUCCGUCAUAGCCCGACACACAGGCUGGCACCACCUCGCCGGCCUCUGGAAGGAGGACAUUCCCUACUGUCUGGCCUGGUACAGGAACAAAAUCCCCGCUCGGGAUGACAGUCUCUCCACCACAAGGCACGAGGCAGACUGCGCGCCGUCUUGGUCGUGGGCUGCUCGGGCCAACGGUCCGGUGUCCUUCUGGCCGAGGGGGGAUGUGCAGCAUGCUCUUGUCAAGUUUGUUCGUUCUGGCUGGGCUUGGCCUUCAAAACGGGAUGUGCAGAGACGGGUGGUGCUUGCUGGGGAGGUGGUCGAGGGAAAGUGUGGGACGGUGGUGGGGGAGGAGGAUUAUGACUGGGUUGGGAGGGCGGAUGGGGGGAAUGUUACGCCUGUGGAGGUGGAUGGGCUUAGGGUUGGGUAUGCCAUGCUGGAUGCGCCGAUGGAUUUGAGGGAGAUUAGCAUCUUGCUGCUCUUCACGCUGAGGCCGGAGGGGGGGCUUGGGGCUUGGGGGUUGGGAAUGGCGUUGACGAGGGUGAUUCAGGGGGGUACCUGUUGGUAUAAGAGGGAGGGGUUGGUUGUGUUGACGAGUGAGGUGGGGACCGGGUGGGAUUACAAUGACUUUGAUGAGGAUGAUGAUGAGCAUAAGAUUAUUGUUGCUUAG